AUGUACAGACGUCGCGGUGGUAUGGGCGAGAUCGAUGGGAAACGACAUAGUCCAGAUAGGACGCAUGACGAUGACCAGGAGCCGAAACGAAAGAGGCCUUCAUCUGCACUGAUGGGUAUCACUCGGUCUAUCGCUGCCUGCAAAAGAUGUAGAAUGAAGAAAAUAAAGUGCGAUCAACGAUUCCCGACUUGCACUAAAUGUGCCACUUCGAAAGCACCGUGUGUUUCUGUGGACCCAGCAACUGGUCGAGAUGUUCCAAGAUCCUAUGUGGUAUUCUUGGAGGAUAGACUGGAGGCGAUGAUGCAAAAGCUCACAGACAGCGGAAUAGAUCCCAAUAAAGUCCAGGGAAACAUCCCAGCUACAGAUCAAGACAAUGCGUGUGAUCUUGGGAUUUACGAGGAAAGACUAAGGACAGACCACAAAAUACGGCACGACAACGCUAUGGCCGGCUAUAUCAUCAACAAUGGAACGUCCAUGAAGAAGGGAGUUAUCAGAACUGCUAAACCAGAGGUUGUUUUUACUGGGGAUUUUUCAGAAUCCAGCGAGCAUACAGCUUGCGAGCCUGUUUCUGAAUUAAGUGAAUCGGCCAAAAGUAUCCAAGGACUGGGAUCCAUGAAGCAUUCACAACAAAGAUCCACGGAAUCCGCCCUGGGCGCUGCGUCUAAUUCCUAUUUGGGCGAUUCUUCCGGAAUCCCGUUCGCUAAGCUGAUAUUCACCGCUAUAAACUUCAUGCCUGAUGCAGUGGAAAAAGCGUCCAAGGAGGCAGAGGAUGUUCAAGUAGCAGAUGAAGACAACAGCGUGCUCAAUAUAUCAUUUUUGCCAACCAAGGAAAAAGCUCAAACUCUUAUCUCCCAGUAUUUCACUUGCUGCAAUGCACAGCUACCCAUUUUACAUCGGGAAUAUUUUCUGAAAAGAUUUUUUGAACCUGUAUAUGGACCAUGGGAUACUAAUGUCUCGUUAAAUUCUGACACUACAAUGAUUAACGAGAACUUCAAGCUUCCGCCAGGAAAGAACAUCAUAGGUUCACCUUCCGAACUCUGGUACGAGCCGUCACUCUCGCAGCCGGGAGGCGAAGAUCGUGAGAUUCCAGGGAAAUUCCGCAUACCGCUCUUUUUCUUGAAUAUUGUGAUGGCGAUAGGUGAUUCUGGGAAGAUUUUAACAGCUGAUGAACGUGAGUCGGCGGCCUUCAAAGAUAGAGCGUCAGGACUGAUCGAUGCCCUGUUCAAAUCAGAUGAUCAAAUGGAAGCCUUGGCGGGCACAUUACUGAUAGCUCAGUACUCAACCAUGCGACCAAACGUUCCGGGGGUCUGGUAUACAAUGGGCUCAGCCUUGCGAUUAGCCGUGGACCUGGGUUUGCAUGCAGAGAAAUUGAAUCAGAAUUACGAUCCUUUCACAAGGGACAUGAGGCGAAGAUUAUUUUGGUGCACGUAUUCACUCGACCGGCAGAUCUGCGCGUUUUUCGGGCGUCCAUUUGGAAUUCCAGACGAAAAUAUUACCAGUGCAUUUCCUAGUACAUUGGAUGACGCCUUGAUUACUACAGCCAUGGAUGAUAUCGAUGACUACUCGGAGGCGAAAAGUGCAAUGGCAUCCUAUAAGUGCGUAGCGCUUGCAUUUUUCAAAAUACGAAAGCUUCAAGCAGAAAUGGUUCAAGUCUUGUACACCCAACGGAAGCUUCCUGGAGGGGUUGAAAACCUCGCUAUGUGGAGGGAGAAAAUGAAUGGGUCUCUAGACGAAUGGUUUCAGAAACAGGUACCGAAGACUUCGAGGAAGAUGAACUGCGAUUUCCGAAGUGAUCUUUUCCAACUCGAGCUCUUCCACUCUAAAGUUUUGCUCUACGGCUUAUGCCCAAAAUCCAUGCAUCUAGAUGAACGUGGCUACAAGAUGGUUUAUGAUGGUACCAAGGGUAUAAUUGACGUUUACUACAAACUGUGCAAAGAGGGGAACAUAAUGUACACAUGGUUCGCUGUACACACACUUUUUAUGUCUGGUGUGACAUUUUUGUACGUACUUCACAACGCUGGCGUUGAACUAGGAGAUACGAUUCAAGAUGCUGAGAAAACAUGCGUGCAGUUGGUGCACGUCUUGGAGAGACUGGUUGGCAAAUGCGAGGCUGCGAAGAAAGGUUCAAUCAUUUUCAAAGUGCUAUCGGCCGCAAUCUUGAAGCUCAAGCUAGAGAAAUCGGACCGCUCGCGAGUGGUGGUGCAGCCUGCGCCGGAAAAGGAGCCUGAACCCAAAUCCGAAACCUCGUCGCAGAGAAGUUCCUCGCGUCUUGGGUCGGACCGGGUCGAGAGCGACGGAAGUCUGGUUGCGCUUGGCGAAGAGCCCCGUUUUUCUGCUACUUCUGGAGUGGAUUACGGCGCGCUUGACCAAUUUUUCGCGGAAUUGGAUAAACUUUCCCCGUUUUCGGAUCUGGGCGCAGAUCUGAAUGCAGAGAUAGCCAACAACUACGAAUCGCCUACGCAUUGUGCGUCAUCGGCGCUACCCACUGUUUUGCCCAUAAAACCUGCUUCCACUAUACCAAUUGCAGCAGAGACCGGCGAACAGAAGGUAUCGUCGAAACCCAGCGCGGAGAUAUCCGCGCACAACCCCGGUCGUGCCGAUUCGACGUCCAAGGACGGUCAGCGUGUGUACGACAUGAUGAGCCAGUUCAGUGUGGAAACCGUUUGGGACCAAGUAUUCAACACUGGCGGUGUUUACGGUGUGAGCAACGGCUCCCAGGACCAAUGA